GAGCAGGGCGUCCAAAAACAAAUUUAGCACACAUAAAUAAGUGGAACUUCCUCUAAAACUGCCCCUCCAAAAGUCCAACCUGAAUGGCCUCACUUCUUCUCCCCAUCUUCUAACAACAACUGCAAUAACAAUAACAAAACGUCUUCUCCUCGUCUCCAGACUUGCGUGGCAACUUAACGCACGCUUGUUCACCUUCAUUCAAGAAACCACCCAUCAAACACCAAAUCUUCAACUGUCUCAAAGACAAUAAACCCAUUUAAGAUGGCUGCAGAUCUGCAACAGGUUGCGACUAUGUUCGUCGAAUAUUACUACAACCAGUUCGAUCAGGACCGAGCGGGUCUUGCAACUCUCUACCGUGACGGCUCCAUGUUGACCUUCGAGUCCGCUUCGUUCAAAGGCACUCCCUCGAUCAUCGAGAAGCUUCAGGGCUUGCCUUUCCAGCAGAUCAAGCACCAGGUGUCUACUAUGGAUCCCCAGCCCGGUGUCGCUCCUGACCAUAUUAUGGUGCUCGUGACCGGUCAGCUUUUGGUGGAUGAGGAGCAGCGACCAAUGAGCUACACUCAGUCAUUCUACCUCGUUCCUGAGUCUGUCAACGGACAGACCCAGUACUACGUCCACAACGACAUCUUCAAGCUUGUCUACGGUUAAACACGGAAAUGCGGCGAGUUAUUUCUGAUGGACGAUAGAUGAUGGAUGAUGGAUCGUGGAACUCGGAGUAACGCUGGGUUGGUGUAGGUAUCCGUGAAGGAUGUUCUUUUGCUAUAGACGGGCUGACUGCAGAGCUGGUCCGGCGGAUUCAUUACCUGUCGAGUUUGGAGCACUUCCCUUCAGAUAGGCUGCACUGAAAUUAAGUUCUUUUGACAACGA